AUGUGGCAGAUUCUGCAGCCGUCCAACCUCGAGGCUGCAGGGUAUCCCACGGCGGACUCGCAGCACCUCGUCAUGCUGGAGAUGGUCAAGAUGAAGGUCAGCAUCAUGGCCCAGGGCGGGGGGUCCACUCUGCGACACGAUCUUCUGGAGCUUUGUGCUGCGCUGCCGCCCCACAUGUCCACAGAGUUGGCGAGUGAUCUCUCAGCGCUGCGCAGGAUUCUCCUGGCGUCUGGUCCAGAUCCUGCUGCGAAGGAGGUGUUGACCGCCGCGCAGGAAGCUUGGACUUCUGUCGAGGACGAGCGCUGGACCAUAUGCUCGUUCGUUCAGGAUUGGCCCGCAGGAUCGAAGCUGAUGACGAAUUGCAAGGCCAUCCUGGAGUCGAAACUGAAGGGCUCCACUCUGCGUGAGCAGGUUCUCGAUAUUCUGGAGGCGGCUCGCGAAAUGAGUCGCAAUAAGGACGUUGCCCUGAUCGAUCGUGUUAUUUCGUCCCAGGCCACCAUGGACAGGAUCGCUGACUUGUACAGCCAGGCCGGGGAGGUGUCCUUUCCGCACCUCCAGGACGAGGAGAUCGAGCAGAAGCUGGGGACCUUCAGCGGGUUUGUCGACAUCGUGGUGUGCGACGCUGGCGAGGCAAUCUUCUUGCGUGUCGCAGAGUGGCUGUCGUCAGACCCGACCGCCGAGCGUCCCGAAUAUUGGCAUGACGACGCAUACAAGACUCUAAAAGAACGCAUUCAGUCAACGGUUCACCGUGCUGGAACACUUCCCAAGAAGACUGAGGCGCUUGAAACGUUUGCGACAUCCAGUCAGGCGUGGAGUGACAUGUGCAGUAUGGUCUCGAGGUUACAGGAGUUCGUCCAGGUCAUAUCAGCGCCAGUCAGCGACGUCAUUGCUGCGAAAGAAGUCCUCUUGCAGUUGAGCGUGAUCCGCGAUGAGCAGCAGAAGAACCUCGAUGUGUUUUUUUGGGAUGGGCACGCUGGUAUCACUGCUCUCAAGAGCGUCAUCGAGCAGCUGGUAGGAUUGCCCAUCGUCACGGAGUCCCGGACGUUAGUCAAGAGCGUGGUGAGUGCUGGCCUUGCUCCUUUGGAGUACGCGCUGCAGUAUGUCUUCAGUGGGUUUCCGUGUGACGACUUCUUGACUGAGUCUUGGUGCGCUGACGUAUGCAAAUCCGACUGGGGGGACCUUGCUGGUAUUUUGUGCCCUGGGCCUGGACCAGCCCCUGCGCCUCCUUGCGUGGCCCCAGGGAUGGAGCAGGCCAUCGCCAGAGCAUUGGGCACGGCAAAUGGAUCAGAAGACGAUACUCUACUGGAGCAGAUUUGGACAGUCAAGAAGGUCGUUACCCUGUGGGCCAGCAUCGUUAUGCUGGUACAGCUAGGCCCGAAACCAGACUGCAAGCGCGACACUCUGAACGUCAUGGCCACUUUCAUGUCACAUCACCACGAUCUGUUGCAAUUGGUUGGGCGAGUUCUCCAGCGCUAUGAGCGCGAGAAUAAGAUCACGUUUGCCGAAGGGUCAUGCGAUUUCUCUCACGAGGACUUCCUGCCUAAUUUCAAGAAGUGCUGGGCCACGCCGCAGCCCGGGCAUGCUGUUGAGUUCGAUGGCAUGGCGAUCCCCGAGGUGGCUUUCAGGUCACUGAAGGAUGCCAGCAAUAUUGUCAACGCUAUUGGCACCGACUGGGCGUCGGCGACGUUGGCAGUGAAGGACAACCUGAAGUCGUGGAUUCCGGAUUGGAAGCCUGUCGAGUCGACUUUGAUGGACAUCCCGAUGCCAGAGAUGACGCGCGCAUUGCUUGCCAAUGAGAAGAACAAGGAGAUAUCAACACAUGCUGCAGCUCUGAAGGAGCGCGCCCAGAUGAUCAAAGACGUGAAAUUGCCGCCUGGGUACGCCAUCUUGUAUCCGGCCGAGCUUCAGGAGUGCAUCGACGUGGCGGUGCUGGGGAUCGUCACCGUGUCACUGACGUUCUCGCUGUACAGUGUGCACUUCCACAUCAAAGGGCUGACGGGGCCGAGGAAGCGCAAGGACGCGGCCGAGCAGGUGAACAAGCAGCUCAAAGACAAGGGCGUCUGGGCGAGCCUUCCGCCCUGCGUCGCCCGCGCCCUCGAGCAGGUCGAGUCCAGCGGCGUGCUCGACCACUACGACUAGCCAGGUCAGUAGGUGGCAGUCGUCCCGGCGAUGUGGGCGUGUGCCGCGGACGCGUGCACUAUGUUGUAGUGCAUCCGGAGAAGGA